AAAAUAUACAUUCAGUUUAAGGAUCCGAUGACAACCGUUGACAUAUGGAUGAAUUCACCGUUUGGCAAGCUCAAGAUCUACCUCUUCAAUGUGACGAAUUCUGAGGAGUUUCUCGGCGGAUGCCAUAAAAAAGUGCGCCUAGAGCAGAUUGGUCCCAUAACUUACAAUGUCAUUGGCUUCAACUAUAUUUUCAGUCGCACCGAGGACAGUGUGACAUAUCGCAGGAAUCGCUAUCGCCAUAUACAUUUUUUACCCUACGGAAGUGUUUCUCCGGACAUUCUAAACCAGACAAUUGUGCAGUUCAACGAUAAGGCUGUUCUCAACCGAUCGAAGACUUUCUUUUCUUUCAGAAGCGUCUAUGACUUCCUCCACAGCAACUUUGAUCCAUUUAAUAACGCAACUAAAGAAAGAGAAAAAGUCUUUACCGUCAACAGUGGCACAAAGCGUGGAAUGGAGAACUUCUUUCGAAUACAGACUCUCAACGGAGAGUACUCAAUUAAGACCUACGAGCGAGCAAAUUCCAGUAGCAGCUUCGAU